AUGCUUUGCACAGUGUUCGUUACUUUCCUACGAUCAUUGGGAUCCAACCCUUCCUUAACUGGGCAUCUUCCAUCUGUUCCUAAUGUGAACUCACUGCUUGGUUUAAGUCUUGGGCUUCCACUUGAUUCAACAUCCAUUGUUUCCGGACAAGAUAUAUCCUCGCUUCUUUUACCUGCUCAGCCCAACCUUUCUACAUCGUCCUCUCUUCAUGCCGCUUCACCCUAUUUUCUGCCCCAAACGGCCCAAUUUCUUGGCGGCCUUCCCAUCCCUAAUGCCGUGAAUCCCCUCAUUGCCCAACUCAAUCUUUCUCAGAUGCUUCCUCUUUUGAACCCUGGCCUUCUGCAACAACCAACUUGUGACCUCACGACUACCUCUUCAGAACCUUCCGAUACUCACACUAUAGUUCGCGCUCCUGUCCUCUAUGGAAACAGCAACGGCAGUACUACUUCUCAGGUGCCAUCAAAAGAGGCGAAUAAAAGUCCGCCGGACCAGAUCGUGGCGUCGUACGCAGCAGCUGCUCGUGCUGCUGCCAUCGCCUAUCAGCAGCCGCUAUCAAAUGCUGCAGAAGUCUUUCUUUCCGCCGCUGCCUCAGCGGCUGGGCCUCUGACCAACACUAGUGGAUAUGUUGUGGCAACGGCCAAAAAUCGCACUGCACAGAAACGUGCACCUGGGGUUAGUUGCGCCAACUCAACGUCAAGUGGACCCAAGACCUCAUUGGCGGUAGCCAAAUCGGAAGGUGCCAAGCCUCCGCUACCUUGGAACAGCGCUUGGACACGCAUUGUGGACCGCCAAUCCGACAUAGUCAUUUGCGAAACUGAUCCUGCAUUCCUCCGUUUAAUCAUUCGAAUUGGCGGUGUGACCCUUGCCAGACCCGGUGGUUCACGACUGAAAAAUGUGGCCGAGGUACGUGCUCAUUUGGAGCGCUGGUUGUCGGCAGAACGUGCAGCAGCGAUCUCAGACGAGUGCAUUAAUACCAGUUUCUGUUUCGACGCCAACCGGGAAGUACGUCUCGUCUCAGCGCCUGACGACUCCGUUUUUGUCUUUCCUGAGGAGGUUGAGACGUCCAAUAGAGCCCCUGUCAUGACAGACGCGCCUUCACCCUCUGCUCCAUUGCUUCCGCCGUCCUCAGCUCCGUCUCUGCCAUCCAAGGCAGAGGGCAGUUUAUCGGACUUGACCGGCACUGCCGCUCCUACCUCAAUCGCCCCAGACAACGAAGCAACGACUUCUAUCUCCGCGCUUACUGCGUCCACUGCUGUGAAGCGUCUAGCUUCAAGUCCAGAGCGCACCGAUGGGAGGAAUGGCGCGGAAUCCACGGUUUUACCUUCCACCUCAGAAGCCGAGACAAACGGUGCUACCAAGAAGGAUGAAUCGAGGCAGCCUAAGAAAGCAAAAGUUGAACCGGAACCAGCUUCCGUACCUCAGCUUCUAGCUCCUCUGCCCUCUCUCAGCAAUGAUGUAGCACUGACGACGUCAAGUUUUGUGGCUCGGGGCAUGGCAAGAGCGGGCGGCGCAACCACCGUGGUUCCCUCUGUUGUGCCCUCAGUUCUGCCUCCCACUUCCACCACGUCCUCGACGUCCAGUGCUUACGCGCUGGCGCAACACUUGGCCACGUUACAGCAGCAUCAGGCCCUAUUGGCUUCUGCCGGUCUCAUCCACUCAGCUGAUGCAGCUCACCAGCAACAGCAGCAGCAACUCUUCGAGCACUACAAACAGCAGCAUCAACAACAGGCGGUUGCGGCAGCAGUAGCUGCGGCACUGCUUUUGCAACAGCAACAGCAGCAUCAAUUGCAAUUGCAACAGCAUCUACAGACCGUCUAUGCCACCGCUCUCCAGCAACAGCAGCAUCAACAAGCUCUUCAACAACAACACCAUCAAGAUGGCAACCAGUGA